AUGCCAGCAAAACAGUGUAGAAUGCUGGGAAAAUCCACCUGUGUUGCCGUCCUGAUUACUCUGCUCUCUCCUUUGCUGUGCCCAUCGGCGUCGGCGCAGCACACGCUAGGCGCCGGCUCCUCUCUGUCAGUGGAAGACCACGGGAGGCCGUUCCUGACUUCCCUCGACGGCACAUUCUCCUGCGGCUUCCAGGAGGCCGGCGAGAACGCCUUCUCCUUCUCCGUCUGGUACGCCGAAGCCGCGGAGAAGACCGCCAUCUGGACGGCGAACCCCGGCGCCCCCGUGAACGGGCGGCGCUCCAGGAUCUCGUUCCGCCGCGACGGGGGCCUUGCCCUCGACGACGCCAACGGGAGCACGGUGUGGGAGAGCAAGACGAGCGGGAGUGCUGGUGGUGGUUCCUUGGCCAUAGCUCUCCUCGACACCGGCAACCUCGUCAUCUCGAACGGCGGUCGCUUCGUGUGGCAGAGCUUCGACUGGCCGACGGACACGCUAGUCCCGUCGCAGCCGCUCACCGAGCACAACAAGCUGGUGGCUGCCUACUUCAGCCUCUACUACGACAACGACAACGUGCUGCGGCUCCUCUAUGACGGCCCCGACACAUCGAGCAUCUACUGGCCAAAUCCGGACAACGGCCCACUCAAGAACGGCCGGACAACAUACAACAGGUCGAGGGUCUGCGUCCUCGACGACACCGGCGUGUUCCUCUCGAGCGAUAACCUGGUGGUCCGUGCCUCCGACCUCGGACAGCCCGGCGUCAAGAGACGGCUGACCAUCGAGCAGGAUGGCAACCUGAGAAUCUACAGCAUGAACGCGUCGACAGGGGGCUGGACGGUGACAUGGGCGGCGCUGGCGCAGCCGUGCUCCGUGCACGGUGUGUGUGGCCAGAAUGCCAUCUGCGAGUACCAGCCGAGCCUCAGAUGUUCGUGCGCUCCGGGGUACAUGAUGGUGGACACCCGGGACUGGCGAAAAGGCUGCAAGCCCAUGUUCAGCGCCGUCAACAACUGCAGCCAGCUGCCGGAGCAGCAGCAGCAGCAGUACAAGUUCAUCAAGAUGCCGCACACUGAUUUCUAUGGGUACGAUAUGGGAUCAAACCAAUCCGUCACGUUCGAGUACUGCAAGAAACUCUGCUUGGAGAGCUGCUCGUGCGUCGGCUUCUCCUACAAACCUCAAGGCCAAGGCAUGUGCUACCCUAAAAGCAUGCUGUUCAAUGGCUAUACGGCUUCAUCGUUCCCCGGGACCAUCUACCUCAAAGUACCUAUCGAUUUCAACGCCUCGGCGGCGCCUCUGAAUUUCACCGCCGCAGGCAUCGCCUGCAAUCCUAACGUUACCACGAUCCUCCUCCAAGGAUCAUCAGGCGCGUUCCCGAGACCCGGAAACGACGCCAAGUGGGUGUACUUGUUUGCGUUCGCCGGAGCACUGGGAGUUGUCGAUUUGAUCUUCAUCCUGACAGGGUGCUGGUUCCUCUCCUCCAGCAAGCAGAGCAUACCCAGCUCACAGCUGGAGGCCGCAGGAUACAGGAUGGUCACGAGCCAGUUCAGGAGGUUCACGUACCGUGAGCUCAAGGACGCGACGGGGAACUUCAAGGAAGAGCUCGGCCGCGGCGGCUCCGGCGUCGUGUACCGCGGCGUGCUCGACGGAGGGAAGAAGGUGGUGGCCGUGAAGAAGCUGAUGACCAACUUGGUACGGGGCGACGAGGAGUUUUGGGCGGAGAUGACGGUGAUCGGGCGGAUCAACCACAUCAACCUGGUGCGGAUCUGGGGGUUCUGCUCCGACGGCAAGCACAAGCUGCUGGUGUACGAGUACGUGGAGAACGAGUCGCUGGACAGGCACCUGUUCGACACGGACUCGGACAGCAGCAGGACGCUGCCGUGGCGCGAGCGAUUCCGGAUCGCGCUGGGCAUGGCCAGGGGCCUCGCUUACCUCCACCAUGAGUGCCUCGAGUGGGUCAUCCACUGUGACGUGAAGCCGGAGAACAUCCUGCUGACGAGGGAGUUUGACGCCAAGAUCGCCGAUUUCGGGUUGGCCAAGCUGUCCAAGAGGGACGCCGGCCCCGGCGGCAGCAUGCUACUCUCCCACAUGAGAGGGACGACGGGGUACAUGGCGCCGGAGUGGACGCUGAACGUGCCCAUCAAUGCCAAGGUUGACGUGUACAGCUACGGCAUCGUGCUUCUUGAGAUCGUGAUCGGGAGAAGGAUCUACGACCAGACGACAGCCGAUGGUGAGCGGCUGGAGAUAUCGCAGAUCGCUCAGCUGCUGAGGCAGGUGGUUGAUACCGGGGAAGUCGUGCCCUUGGUGGAUGCGAGGUUGCAGGGGCAGUUCAAUCCCCGGCAGGCCAUGGAAAUGGUUCGGAUUUCCUUGUUAUGCAUGGAGGAGAGGAGCAGCAACAGGCCGACCAUGGACGACAUUGCCAAGGUUCUCACAGCGUGUGACGACGAGGACGAGCACCCGGCCUACCGGUCGUGAGUGACUCGUUGUGACCACUCGAUCGACCCAGCAAGCGGGCAGCAAAAUUGUUGAAAUGUGGCUCUCUACUACUUUAGCAGCAAGUGUCUCGCUGAGUACAUUUUGGUUAUUAGUACCGGGAA